UGCCCGGCGCCAAGAUGGCGACGGAACCUUCAACCUUUUUCCGGUUCCGGUGUGCUCAGGGGCAACUCUCGCGAGAGAACGGAAAAGGCGUGGCCUCGGUGCCACGUCGGGGUUGGAGCCGCACGCUUCAUGGCGACGGCCCUCCUCCACCCGGGGGAACACGUGGCCACCGGCAUGGCUACCGUCAUGGCCGCCGCGUUGGCCCUCUGCCUCCUGCCCUCCGCCUCUCACGGGGACCAGCACCACCACGACCCUUCCCACGAGGACCUCCAGCACCACCACCACCUCCACGAGGAUGGCGGCCACGGCCAAACGCUGACGGCCAUGUUUAGUGGCCGCAGCCACCACCACCACCACCAUGGGGACCCCCAUGAGGACCUCCAUCAUGGCCACCACCACCACCACGGGGACCCC